AUGUCUGAACACCCUGCACACUACUCUGGCGAAUUCCACGCUCGCGUCCCGCCAUCCGAGCCCAUGAUGAAGGGAGGACACCAACCCGGCGUCAAAGUCGGCAACGACCGCCUCCCCGAAUCCCACCUCGAGACAUACCCCCCCGGAACCGCCCCCAAAGAAUCCUCCUUCCGCCCCAACCCCAUCUCAGAAGUCCCCGGCCAGGCCAACAACCCCGACGUCGACCCCUCCGGCCGGUCAGACCCCCUCGACUUCCCCGGCGCCACAUCAAAGGACGUCCACCAGGGCAUCGGAAUGCCCCUCCAGGGCCAGGAAGGCCGAGAAAUUUCCAACCAGCUGCCGGGCAAGAAGCACACUGAGUCGAGGGUGCACCCCCGCGGUCACAGCAAGGAGGGAGAUGGAUUGGGUGCUAUCGCUGCGGAAGCCAACAGGGGCGAUCCCGUGAGGGAGCACGGCUGGGAUCUGCCCGAGGGCGUCGAGAAGGGUACGAAGGGAUUCCGAAGUGCGGAUCAUCCUACGGCGUCGGAUAUUCCGCCCGAGACGGCAGAUCGGGUUGCUGCAGAGAGGCCCUGA